AUGGCAGCUGCAGCAGAAAUAGAAAGUUUUGACAAAUUAGUACUCAACGCUCUUUCUGGGCCUGAAUUAGAAGAGUUUAAUCGAAUUUAUUAUGGUAGACCAAAUCAUCAUGCACUGCCCAUUAAAUUAUCAACAACAGAAUGUGCUAAAGAGAAUAAUUUUGAAGUUGCUGCCUAUGAUUUCCCUGCUAAAAAGGAAGAAAUUAGAAGCUCUCGUGUUGUUAGAGUUGGUAUAAUUCAACAUUCAAUAGUUGAGUCCACCGACAAACCUAUUGUCGAGCAGCGACAGGCCAUUUUUGAAAAAAUAAAAAGAAUUAUAGUAGCUGCUGCAAAUGAAGGAGUUAAUAUUUUAUGUUUUCAAGAGUGUUGGAAUAUGCCUUUUGCAUUUUGCACAAGAGAAAAACAACCAUGGUGUGAAUUCGCUGAAUCAGCACAUGAUGGUCCCAGUACCCAAUUUCUUAGGGAAUUUGCUGUUAAAUAUGGCAUGGUAUUUAUUUCUCCUAUAUUAGAGCGCGAUGAAAACCAUGGGGAUACAAUUUGGAAUACUGCUGUUGUUAUAGAUGACCAAGGAAAAGUUAUAGGCAAACACAGAAAAAAUCACAUCCCUAGAGUUGGUGAUUUUAAUGAAUCUACAUAUUAUAUGGAAGGAAUUACGGGUCAUCCCGUUUUUGAUACAAAAUUUGGAAAGAUUGCGGUCAAUAUCUGCUAUGGAAGACAUCAUCCAUUAAACUGGCUGCUGUUUGGCAUAAACGGUGCUGAAAUUGUAUUCAAUCCAUCAGCCACAGUAGCAGGCCUCAGUGAACAUCUGUGGGCCAUUGAAGCUCGUAAUGCAGCUAUUGCUAACAGUUAUUUUACCUGUUCUAUAAACAGAGUAGGUUCUGAGAAGUUUCCUAAUGAAUUUACAUCAGGUGAUGGGAAGCCUGCCCAUAAGGAGUUUGGGCAUUUCUAUGGUUCCAGCUAUGUCACUGCACCAGAUGGAUGCCGUACACCUGGACUGUCUAGAGUAAAUGAUGGAUUAUUGAUAGCACAAAUGGAUCUUAAUCUGUGCCGUCAAGUUAAAGACAAAUGGGGCUUCACUAUGACUCAAAGAUUAGACUUAUAUGCAGAGAGCCUCAAUAAAGUUGUGAAACCAGAUUAUGAGCGUCAAAUAAUUAAUAAGAAUUAA